GAAAAAUAGAAGAUCAAGAUGUGAUCGACGUGUCAGUUAGGAAAAAAUCCAAUAAAAUUGUACCGUUCCAAUAAACCUCGCCGAUAUGGAUUUAAUAUAGCAACCAGUUAACUUUACCUUAAAAUAGCAUGGAUCCCCAAUAACAGUAUCAAAUGGCGCCCGGUAUCCACCCCCCAUGCACGCCGUCGGCGUCAUGCCAGUCCCCGCGAUGUCACCCUACGCCGCCGCCGUGCGAGUACCCGGAACAAUGUCUCGCGAACACCACCCGCAACAGAACGAAGCCCUGCCAGAGCGCGCUGUCCAUUAUGGCGACGCGCGCUCGGCGGGGCCCCUGCCACGGCUGCGGCAAGUUUAACGGAGAAAACACUGAUAACCCCAGAAAAGUUGAGGUUAUACAAGAAUACCUGGCCCGGAAGUCGUAUGAAGCAGACUUGAAACGCUACGACAAAUUAGAAGGAACUCAUGCCUUAUUAGAUUAUCAGAGAAAGAUUGGUAACCAGAGGGACCAAGUCGAGUGCUGCGCGGGGAAAGGGCAUAGAGGCCGAGUGGACAGACCCAGCAAAAAACGUAGGAGGAAGAAGAAGAAGAGGAACAUGCCAUACUUAAAACCGCCUUAUUUAAAAAGAAAGAAAUGCAAAUGCACUAUACUGUAGGGAGCCAUUUGUAACAACUUUUCCCGUCUCAUCACAUCACACCUUUCAGUAGAACU